AUGGAUGUGCUCGAGACAAAUGGGAACUUUAUCGUCAGGAACGGCAACAGGGCACUGUACUGUGACCGGCUGUCAGGCAAGCUCAGCAUAAAAGAUGUCAUGGAAAUGGAUGAGAAAGUAACCCAUGGAGUUGGUGAACAACAAAAAUCGUUCAGUUGUACCUUUCGGGGCCCACCUACUAUGCCAACGGAAAGAAAAACGAGGUUCAAGAUACCUUCGGGUUGUCAAAGCCUAGACAGGAACGAUCGGGACACGGAGGUCGGUCUCGAACCACACCCACCCCUGCCCGGGGCUCAAGCAUUAUUUGAAAGGCUGGCCCAGGUUAUCCUGUUCUUAGCCGAACUGAUAGGUUCGGAAUGGAAUCCCGUUUGCCUGGGUCAAGUCGAUGGUGUUAUCGGAAAACUCCGUUAUUACCCAGAUAGCCCUUGGAGACUGUUUCUGAUUGAAGAAAGUGAUCACGUGGGAUUUCUUCCGGAUGGAAUGGAAAUUCGCCGCAUUAGUCGUGUAUGUGCUUUGGCCCUAACCACCGCCCCCUGUGGUGACUUGACUCUUCGACCGUGCAAUCUUGAUCAUCCCGAAAUUAGCAAGCGGAAAUCCACAAAUCCCUUGACGUCGAGUGGCCGACGACCCCUCAUCCGCCAAGUCCAGCGACGCCUGCGAGACGCUGCAGGUGCUAUGGAUUAUAAACUGUCUCAUAACCGUCAACGAAUAAAAUAUGAGAAACGAAUUCACGAGGAAUUAGCUCGUUUGCUGCGUUUGGAAGAAGAUUCUUUCUUUUACUUUUCCCCUGGUGGUGGAGACGUAACCAAUUGGACUCAGUCGAAACUGGCUCCAUCUUAUUGGACAGGCAUUUCUCCGUCACCUGAUGAUCCUUCGGAUACGUCAGUCCAUAGACAACCUGUUUGGCGGCGUGCGAACUCACAGUUUUUUUGGAAUAUCAACCUACUCUCAGAACCUCUUGCGGAUGCAGAUCGUCUGCUAGCUGCAGAAGGCCUCCCUCCUUUCGGCCAACGGUGCGGUCAGAAAACAAACUGGAACGGUCGAUUGGUUCAAAUGAUCUCAGAUUUGGAGGGAUUAUUUCCUCCGGUUGUGCAGGGCUAUGUAGAGGUCGAACGGAUUCCCUUGAGAAAUUCCAUCCCCUCUUCCUCGUAUUCACCCCCCGCGAGACCGAAACCAAAAUCCGUUUCGCAGACUACUGACGCGCAGUCAUCUGUCUCUAAACCUCGAUCUGCCCCUGUCACAUCUGUUUUCUAUUUACGCAAUCUAAGUUCCUCGCAGACUACCAACAAUGGCAAUCAAACAAAAAUACGUGGCUUCCCUAGUCCUAUCGACAAAGUCAAGCAAAGCAACGGCACGACAACCUCACAACAGUCCUUCAGAUCUCCAUGUCCGUCUACACUUGAUGUUGAAUCGUAUGAUAAAAUCUCACCGCUGAAUAGCACACACAGUUCUCCUGUACACAGUGCGGAAUCUGAAAUCGAAACUACUAUUUCGUCUUCAAAAUCAACUGAUGAACUCACCGUGGUAUUAUUUUCUCGUCGGAGUCGGUAUCGCGCCGGUACGCGCUAUCGCCGACGGGGAAUCGACCCUGAAGGGCACGUUGCUAACUACGUCGAGACGGAGCAAAUCAUCCAAACUCACGAAAUCCAUAAUUCGCAUACCGCAGCAUUUCUCCAGGUUCGUGGUUCAGUACCGGUGUUUUGGAGUCAAACGAGUUUGAAGUAUCAUCCUCCGAUCAACCUGGAAAAGGAUAUCUCAGAAAAUCAGGCUGCGUUCUCCAAACACUGGGACCAACUGCUUGCUAGGUUCGAACAUGUGGUCAUCGUCAAUCUUUUGGAUUGUGGACCCAGGCGGUCGGAAAAUCGAUUACUUGAGGCCUAUCUCCGACACUUAUUGCUUCUGAACAAUGAAAAAUUGACCUUCAUUCUUUUCGACUUCCAUGACUAUUGUCGAGGCCUGCGGUUUCAAAAUGCUUCCGUGCUACUAUCCGGUACCGUUCACUUACUGCGCGAUAUGAAGUUUUGCUGGGCAUCCGCAAACAAACUGCUAUGCGAACAGACUGGGAUCUUCCGAGUGAACUGUCUCGACUGUCUGGAUCGGACAAAUUUGGUCCAAUGUCUAUACGCCGGGGUCGUUACGACAACCCAGCUGAAAAAGUUUGGUCUCCUUGGCCCGGAGGACAAUCUCCCCAUCCAAUGUACUCGUUUGAUCCAACGGAUGUGGGCCAACAAUGGCGAUGCGAUUAGUCAACAGUACGCUGGUACCGUUGCACUGAAGGGUGACUAUACACGAACGGGUGAACGAACAAUGAAUGGUCUAAUGAGGGACGGAGUUUCAUCCAUGAAUCGCUACUACCUUCGCUUUCGAGAGCUCGCUCGACAAGCUGCAAUUGACCUGCUCCUGGGAAACGAGACCAGUGCAGAGUUGGCGCUAAUCCGUAGCGGCGCUGGACUGGAAGCUGCCUCAAUCCAGGCGCGUGAAGAGAGCCUACGACUCCUUAUUCACCGUUGUCGUCAAGUUCUCCUCGAACGAGAAGAGACAAAUCUAGCUGAAUGUCUUCUCGGCUCUUACACUGAUCUCGCCAUGGAGCAGCAGUUUGCCAACAUCCUUCUGGUAGUAUCCGACCGCUAUCUGCAUUUUAUCCGGACUGACCUACCAGUCCGAUCACGACGUUCCAUCUACGCUCGGAUACCGGUGGAUGCAAUCCAGAAAGUGGAACUUGGAUUGGAACCUUCUGUUUUCCGGUCCCGUCGCCAUGUUUUACGUAUUUUCUAUGACCCACCCAAAACGGAUGUCUGCAGACCAGAAUCAACCGAACCCACUCCAGCAGAUCCAAUCACUCAGCCGUGUAGUACAACUUCAGAUUUGUCGAACGAUUUUUUGAAAUCUGAAGUUAAAUCGGAGCCAGAGCAGAGGACUGCCGGAUAUAGUUCCACAACCGAUUCGCAUUCUGCAUGUUCAGACAGUGAGUUGGCGGUUUCAGUCCACCCAUCUGAUUUCGGACGGCCUGAGAACAUUGUAUCCCGCAACGCUUCCGAGGACGGGGUACCAACAUCCGUUCUCACUACAUCAGUUCAGUCACCGCCCAAGUUCCGGGAGCGACAGGAUUCUGGUGGUGAACGUCUUAAACCUCCUUCUCGUUUACCGAAACCCAAUUUGGGGAACAGACACUUUCUGGCAUUUAUUCAACCUAACGUCCGACUUUUCAAUACGAUGCUAGUUCCCGUUCCCCCAGGGGAUGAAAGUUUCCAGGCGCUGCGUGUUGUCGGAGCCAUGAUUUUGGUGGCCGUUAGGGCUACUGGUCGCAAUCUCGAACUUAAUGAGUAUCCGACCCGAGUGAAACUCAACCGUGUACGGCGAGCUUCUCUGCCGAGUCUUUACCAGCCGCCCGUAAAUCUGGAAGCCUUGUUUGCAGACAUUAAGUUACCCGGUGUACGAAGAGACUCUCGACGACCUGCACAGGUUACACAAACCGAUGAGCAGUUUCUGGAAGCGGAAGAUGGAUGUUCAGACGAUGAAGUAGAUAAAAAGUCUACGAACCGGGAAAUAUCCGAAGUUGACGGUUUGCCGAGCGGCGUAGAUCUGCUGAAGCAGCGUCUCACCAAAUUUAAGCUGCCCAACAUUAGUCUCAAACCUAGUAGACACACUCCAGCCUCCAGUCAACCGGCAGCAGUUACGUCCGUGGAUUCGGCUAGCCCGGGGGUGACGGGAGAGUCGCCUAAACGACCACUUUCGGUAUCUGAUCGAUUCUUUUCUGAACUGAGUCGAGUACUUGAACGACCUUUACUUAGCGGGGGGAGACUGUUCCCCAAACAACAGAUGGACGAAGUGUCUGACAAUCGCAGCGAAUCGUCGCCACAACCCAAGAUCCGCAUAUCUGGUCCCCACAUGCACGAUGUCGGACCAUACGAAAAAAUUGAUGUGGAAGAAGGGUUUCGAUCCUAUCGACCACAGGCAUUAUAUUACUACCAGAAAAAAACUCUCCCUCCAUUCAUUCAAGAUGAUCCUGGAAACACAAUUCAUCUGUCCGGCAGCUUCCCAGCAGAUGAGGCGGAGAGCGACACAGAAGCCGUUGAAGAAGAUGAUGAUGGCGAGGAAGAGAUGGAGGAAGAUGAGCCAGCAGACGACGAGGAAGACGCAAGUUUGGCAAUGGCCAUCCGAGACCAGUCACUAGUCCCGUGUCACUGCACCCAGCUGGCGACUACCUGCUCCACGUCCAAGCAUUAUCGAUCCAAAUCAUGUACAGAUGCUGCUUUCAUUAAAGAUAAUCAACGUCUCCUCAGUCUCGAUCAAGUUUUCUUGAGGCGAACUGGGGACAUUCUGAACAUUUUAAGUAGGUCAUCCACUCACGUGCACGACACAACCGAAUCGGUUCAACCACAAAAGCCUUCCAUUUCCUCGAUAGAACGGGUAACAGACGCGACCACCGCUCAAUGUGAAUCUGAAAGUCUGCCUGUGAUCUUUGAUUUACGCACAACUAUCUUCAAAAGCGAUAGCAAUUUAUUUAAAAAGAUUGAGUCAUCCGAAUCCCAACCUCUUCUUACCAAACGAUUCGUCUCCGAACAGACAUUGCCACAAGCCCUAACUUCUUCAGGUUCCGUUCAACCGUUUGUGACGGAAUUACAGUUUGGUGCUGAACUUCCCAAAUGCCGAUCUGAAAAUACAUUAGUCAAAGAAGAGUGUCUUCCAAACAUUGUGCUAACUAAUUUGAAACAUUCGGAACGAAUGCGUAGAAAGCAAACGGAGAAUUUGGUUUGGCUGGACGAAUUGCGACACGAGCUGUGCCCAAAUCAAUCUAUAAAAACGUCUUUCAUUAUUUUUUGACCGAACUUUCCCGUUUCCUCAAACUGUUUCAGUGACCUUGUAAACUGUUUUGCGCGCUGCCCAAUCAAGCAUUGCUCAUAUGACAUCGUACUCAUCUGUCGUCUCUGCAGAGUUUUCGUUCGUUGCUAGAUGUUAUUUCUCCUCUGAUUUGCAUUCUUUUAAAUCACCAGCUGCUUUCUCGUACACAUAUUUUAUGAGACAUGAUAAAG